AUGCCAACCACGCAAUUCAACGUCAAAGAGAAGUAUCAAUACCAGAAUGGCUUUGUAGAUGGUGCGUUGCCCGUAGGAACAAACUCGCCCCAAAAGCCGCCAUAUGGACUCUACGCCGAGAAGCUGUCUGGCACAGCAUUCACUGCACCAAGACACGAGAAUCAACAGACUUGGCUGUACAGGAUACUACCCGCGUCGGCUCAUUCGAACUUCGAACCACGAGAACACGCUACAUUCAACACGAACCCAGAGAACCAACCAGGACAGAAGAUCCAUCAAAUCCCCAACCAGCUUAGAUGGGAUCCCUUUGAUCUUGACGAGACGGUGGACUGGGUCCACGGCCUCCAUUUGGUCGCUGGAGCUGGCGAUCCAACCAUGAAGACAGGCGUUGGAAUCUACAUAUUCGCAGCUGGAAAGAACAUGGAUGCUCAUGAAGCUUUCUACAGCGCAGAUGGCGACUUCUUGAUCGUCCCUCAGCAUGGAGUGCUGGACAUCAGGACUGAACUUGGAAGAUUGCUCGUGCGACCGAACGAGAUUUGCAUUAUUCCCAGGGGUAUCAGAUACCGUGUUGAGCUUCCAGAGGGUCCGGUGCGAGGCUAUAUCCUCGAAUUAUACCAAGGACACUUUACGCUCCCAGAACUUGGACCCAUUGGAUCUAAUUGUCUGGCCAAUGCGCGAGACUUCCAGGCACCUGUGGCCGACUUCGAUGAAGAUACAGAUUCGCAGUGGACAUUGAUGGCCAAAUUCGCGGGUCACCUGUUUGCUGCGAAGCAGAAUCACACACCUUUCGAUGUGGUAGCCUGGCAUGGCUUACCGCCUUGGUACCACCGCAACACGAUGAGCGAGUUCAUGGGAUUGAUCCAUGGACAGUAUGACGCAAAAACAGGAGGUGGCUUCCAACCAGCAGGAGCAUCACUCCACAAUGUCAUGUCAGCUCAUGGACCAGACGCUAGCACUCAUGAGAAGGCAUCAAACGCGGACCUGNNGAAGCCAAUGAAGGUUGGAGAAGGGUCAAUGGCGUUCAUGUUUGAGAGUUGCUUCAUGGUGGGUGUGACCGAAUGGGGACUCAAGAAGUGCGCCAAGGUGCAGGAAGACUACAACGAGGAGAGCUGGACACCACUCAAAGCACACUUCGAGCGACCACAAAAGGAGGUAGGAGAGAUCAAGAACGGAGGCGAUAGUGAGCAAGGAGCGAUUGGAAGCACAAAGCAGGUUCCGCACUGGACGUGA